UUUGGCGCCAGCGUUUCUGAAUUACUCAAGUUCAGAGCUUCUGACGUACUACACAUCCGAAACGAUGCUGCUGUAUAUCGGGUACGCUCUCGUCGUCCAUGGUGUCGAAGCGACCAAUCUGCACAAGCGAGUCAUACUGACGUCCCUGCUGGUGUUUGGGGGCAAGUCAGGCUUCAUCAUCGGCGGCUUCGUCAUCACCACCAUACUUGUCUCGAUGUGGACCAACGCCGUGCGCACCGCCUCCAUCGUGCUGCCCAUCGCCAUGGAAGCGCUGCAGCACAUCCAGGACAACCGCUUGUUUCACGUGCUCGAGCUGCGGAUGCGCUACGUCCGCCGUACCGCGGGCAUCGGUACACCCAUCAUGGAGGCGCGCUACCUGAUCGAAGGCGGUGUCGUCAUGCCGGAGGUGAUACGCAUCCUGAGUCAGUUCUUCACCGUCAAGAAGGGCCUGCUCAUCGGCAUCUCGUACUCUGCCGUGCUGGGAAGCAUGGGCUCCGUUGUCGGCUGUGGCGGCAACCUGUUCGUCAAGGCCUUCCUGGAGCAGAUGUACAACUACCGCCGCAUCACCAUCUACCAGUGGGUUCAGUGCCAUCUGCCCCUGACGGUGCUCUGCUCGUUCACGCUGUGGUUCGUGCUUUCCGUGUGCUACGCGAGCGACGUGGUGUCGAGCGACCACAUCUCCAAGCGAGCCUUCGAGGACAUCAUCUACCGGCACUUCGCCGAGCUGGGAGCCGUCAGCUUCACCGAGGUGGCGACUAUCAUCACCUUCCUCUGCAUGGCCGCGGCUAUCGUCGGCUCGCACUACUACGCGGAAGCGUUCGACAUCGAGGCCGCAGAGUCCACCUUUAGCGAGACGGCGUGCGUCUUCUUCUCGGCCUUCGUUCUGCACGCGCUGCCGAGCAUCUACAACUACCGACGCGGCCGGUUGCGACGCCGUUUCCGCGGCCAGACGGCGCACGACGCCGUCAAGAAGAUCUCGUGGGCCUUCGUCAUCACCAUGGGUGCGGGCGUGUGCGUGGCCAAGCUCAUCGUGCACUACAACCUGCAACAGUUCUUCGACUGGCUGCUGCCGCACCACGUGAUCACGUCGGCCUUCUACUUGCAGCUCCUGGUCGCGUUCUUCGCCCUAGUGCUGGCCGAGAUCAACAACUCGCUCAACAACAUCGUGAUCUUCGCGCCGCUCAUAUGCCACAUUUCGGACGCGCUCAAGGUGCACCCGCUCUACCUGCUCAUGCCGUUCACCUUCUGCUGCUACUUCGGCUUCGUGGCGUCUACUGCGACGCCCGUCACCGAGUACGUCACCGACUACGGGGACUUGCUCGAGGUCGAGUUCAUACUGCCCGGCAUAGCCAUGAAGGUCGGCUGCGCGCUCAUCGUGCUGCUCGCGUACAACACUUGGUGCUGGGACUACCUCUAUCUCAAGGAGGCCAUCGGGCCGCUUACCAAGCGGAACCAGACGGCCCCGGAGGCCUAAUUCCAACGAGCCACAUCCAUGCCCUUUCAAGACAUUUGCGGGGCUCGCCUCCUCUGUUCUCGAGCUUCCUGCGUGUUUUGCAAAAAUGUGUUUUUGUGCAUGUGUGUGUUUUGGAGGGAUUACACACUAUACCUAGUAUAUGCGCUGUGUUAUUUUUUUUUUCUCGCUGUUUCUAGAGUCGUCACGCGUGCCCGUCGCCCGAACGACGCUACUGCGCAUUGCGCGUGCCGGCUCCCUGCGAGUUAUUCGGUCGCACGAAGCUUCUGCAGGACAAUACGGCCUGCAGCAAUUUCCCUUGUUUUAGCAUUGUGGUCCGCGUGACGUCCGGCUCACCUUCCAUUGCAUAGUGACCCGACUGCGAUCGGUGGCGCACUCCAUACACGGAACUUCCGAUAAAUGCAGUGCCAAGAAUUCGGAGCCGCAUAAACCGCGUCUUUCAUUCCUGCA